AUGCAGCAGACCCACUUCUUUAUUUUCGAUUGUCAUUAUCUGGUCAGAUUCCCCCAUUCUUUGCUCCUAUGGCGCAAGUCUUUUUCUUUUUUUGCCAAAUUCCUUUACAUGGCCAAGUUUACAAAGACUUUUAAAGACUUUCAAUUAAUCCCGAUAACGAAAAUAAAGGCACAAGGGAAGCAAUUCUUGUUGAUGAACCCAAGCACUCUUAAAUACGAAUCAAUCUCAUCAAUUAACAAUUUGAUUCGGGGUCUUAAUUUGCUCGGCUUAGCAACCCUUGUAGUUGGUGGAAAUGACACAUAUCAACAGUCUUUCCUUGAUUUCAAAGCCAAGAUAACUGGUGAUCAGCUUAGGAUUAUGCAAUCCUGGAAUAGUUCCAUCCACUUCUGCCAGUGGGUGUUGAAUCUUGCAGGCAACAGCUUCAACAACGAAAUUCCUCAAGAAGUUGGACGUUUAAGAAGAUUGGAAGUAUUAGAAUUGUCCAAUAAUUCCAUCAAUGGUGAAAUUCAUUCCAAUUUAUCUAGUUGUUCUAAGCUUAGAGUUCUUCAUAUUAGAAGCAAACCAGCUAACUGGAGAAAUACCGGCUUUGCUUGUUUAACAGGGAGUAUCCCACCUUCCUUGGGGAACUUAUCGUCUUUGGAGACACUUGCUUUGGGUAAGAAUGGACUGAAUGGGGUUAUACUUAUACCUGAAUCUCUUGGGCAACUGACAAAUCUUUCAUUUUUUUCUAUAGCAGCAAAUGCAAUUUCUGGAAUUGUUCCUGUCUCAAUUUUCAAUCUCUCCAAGAUUACAAGUUUUGAUAUUGGCGAAAACAAGAUUCAAGGUACUCUUCCUUUUGACUUAGGAAUCACUAUGCCAUAUAUUGAAUUCUUUUCCGUCAGACAAAACCAAAUCUCUGGACAAUUCCCUCUUUCAAUAUCCAAUGCCUCAAAUCUCGUGCUUCUUCAAGUUCCACUAAACCAACUUAAUGAAAACUUGCCUUCAUUUGAAAAGCUGCAUAAACUAUCUAGAUUUCUCAUAGGCAGCAAUCAUUUUGGAAAUGGGGGACCAAGUGAUUUCAACUUUCUUUGUUCUUUAACCAAUACUACCAAACUAGAAUAUCUAGAGUUAAGCGAAAAUAAUUUUGGAGGGGAAUUGCCUAAGUGCAUUGGAAAUUUGACAAUGUUAGCCCAACUUGCUUUAGAAAGUAACAAUCUUCAGGGCAACAUUCCUUCAAGUAUAGGUAAAUGUAAAAGUUUGGUUGGAUUGGAUCUUUCUUAUAAUAAUCUAGGUAGAUCUAUACCUACUGAAAUAAUUGGACUGUCGUCUUUGUCCAUUGAAGUAGCCUUAUCAUCCAACUAUUUAACUGGUGUGCUUCCUGUUGAAGUAGGAAAUCUGAAAAGUUUAGGUGGACUCUUGUCUUUGUCCACUGAAAUAAUCUCAUAA